AGUGUUAUACUGUUAUACUACUAAUACUGUAACCGUCUUCAGACUUCUUUUUAAAAAUAGUUCUUUCAUUAUUUCAUAAUUUCAUAUUUGUUAUUUAUUUUUCAUUUUUACUGUUUUAAAAAAAAAAUAUUUAUUAUUAACUUAUAACAAAAUAAUACAAUAAUACUUGAACAUAAAAUGAUCAUUUAUUUUCUAUGUUCUACGUAAAUAUAAAUUGUCAUUCACAAUCGUCAAUCAUGAAUAAAUAACAAUUAAUUUAAUUCUAAUUUUUUAUUUUUUAUUCAUUUUUAAUGCUAUGUUACCAGUACUAUAGUUUUCUAAAACUAUUAUUUGGCAGCAACCACUAUCCACUGUACACAACAGAAUUAGAAUAAUUAUAAUAUUUCAUAUUCGAAUCCUCGUUUAAAAUGGAACUUACAGACGAUCAAAGGAAACGUAUAGAAGAAAAUAGGAAAAAAGCAUUGCUAAUAAGACAUGAAAAAUCAAAAGCUAGAUCAACUGUACAACCUUACCAAAAACCCAUAUUACAUCAGUCAAAGAUAGAUAAAAGUCUUCAAAUCACAGUUGCCGGUCAAUCAUACGUAGACACAGAAGCUGGAUUUCUGCUUAACGAGGAUGAUCUAUCAGAAAAAAAAAAACCGAUAAUACCAGGAACAAUGGCAAAUCCAAUAUUAUCAAAAACUGAACAGCCUAUAUGUCUUGAAUGUAAUCACGAAUUUGGUAUUUCUUAUUUAAUGACAAAUUUUGACCAUCCUGUAUGUGAUAGAUGCAAGGAGAAAUUUGGAAAAGAAAAGUUUGAUUUAAUUACUAAGACAGAAGCUAAAAAAGAAUAUUUAUUAAAAGAUUGUGAUAUUGAUUUGCGCUCACCUCCGCUUAGGUUUAUUCUGGGCAAAAAUCCACACAAUUCUAGAUGGGGUGAAAUGAAAUUAUAUCUUUUAUUUCAAGUAGAAAAAAGAGCUUUGGAAGUUUGGGGUUCUGAAGAAGAAGUGGAACGACAAAUUGAAUUAAGACAAGAAAAGCAAAAGGCAUCAAAGUUAAAAACAUUUAAGAAGAAAGUCAAAGGUUUAUAUGAAUAUAUCAUAACCAGGGCUCGGAACUUUAUGCAUUCGCAUCUUUCUCAGGAAGCUGCAUAUUUCAAAUCUGAUUCGAUACAAAUUCGUUUCAUGAACCAUACUAUUGAAAUACAACAAUUUAUGUUGCAUAUUUUUGCAUAUUUUACUAAAUUUAUAGGAUUUUGCAUAUUUAAAGAUUUUGAGUAUAUAAAUGAAUUUUAUGUUAAAACGUUUUAGAAAUCAACAAAAAUAAACAAGUUUUUAAUAAUUGAAUAUUGUAAAUUAAAUGAUUUACAAAUAAAUAGUACCGUAUAUGAUAAAGUGUGGGAAAUCUAUUUGAACGCAUUCUACUCUAAAAUGAUACAUGUGCUGCUCAUGGCCUCCAUAGAGUUUCGGAAGAAGUACGAAAUCAGUUUGGUACUGUUUAUAAAAUCGUAGCCAACGUAAACAAAAUAUUUAAAAAAAGCACCAUCACGUAUAAAAAUUUUCAAAAAUAUUUUUUAAAUUAGAUUCUGGGAAUAGAUUUAGUAUAACAGCUCCAAAUCAUCAAAAAAAAAAAUAUAAAUAAAAUAUUUAUGAUUCAAAUUUUUUUUUAUAAUUUUACCUUACAAUAUAUAUUUUUUAUAAAAUAAUAUAUGCAUAUUAUACUGCAUAUUUGCAUUUCUUUAGUGCAUACGUAUGCACAUAUUUCAUUGUUUUUUAGCGCAUAAAGUUCCGAGUCCUGAUCAUUACUGUUAAUGAUUUUUUUCGUAUGGCCUGAAGGCCUAAGGUUGAAUGCUCAUUUGGCAGAAUUUCUAUUUGGGCACCCGUAGGUUUCUGCCAUGCCCAGUUGGGGGAUGGCGGUCUCGCCAUUUAAACAGUUGCCUGCCUAGAGUGAUGUCGCCUGUGGACGGAAUUCACACCGACGUCAUAGUCCGCUCGGCCACUCUGUCCCCCAACUGUUAAUGAUACAUGAUACAUUAAUAAUAGUUAUUUAUUUCAGAAUUAAGAAUGUCAACUAGAAGUAGUUUAUAUACCAAAGUCACAAAAGCUUCUCAUCAACAUGAAUAUGAUACAGAAAUAUACAAUGAAGAAGAAGAUAAUUAUGAACGUACAUGCACUUCUUGUGGAUUUCAUGAAAU